GACGUAUGAAAAUAAUAUUGAUCUCGUAUAAAUAUGAUCCUCCGCCGUCGUCAAGUUCUUCUCACGCGGCUUUUCUCCGACUUUUUCUCCGGUCCUUUGUUCCCCCGCCUCUAUAAUUCAUGCAAAAACCUCUUCCUUCCUUCCUUCAUUUCACACCUACUACAUACAUAUUUAUGAAUCAUCCAUCAUAACCCUCUUACUUAAUUUUUUUAUCGUACAAACAAACAAACAAACAAACAAACAAACAAACGAAAGACAAAACAUGUUGCGAAAAUGUGUUAAUCCGUUUGGGAAAAGCCUGGAUGGUGAUCAACUGUUAUGGCAUACCGAUUUGAAGCCACACGCCUCAGGCGACUUCUCCAUCGCAGUUGUUCAAGCCAAUUCUAACCUUGAAGACCAAAGUCAGGUGCUCACGUCUCCAUCAGCUACAUAUGUUGGAGUCUUUGACGGACAUGGUGGCCCUGAAGCUUCUCGCUUCGUUAACGGCCAUCUUUUCCGUUGGAUUGAUAAAUAUGCAACACAGGAAGGACGAAUGUCAACCAACGUUAUCAAGAAGGCGUUCAGUGCCACUGAAGAGGGUUUCCUUCGAGUUGUGAAGAACUCGAUACAAAUCAGACCACAGAUCGCCCAAGUUGGAUCAUGUUGUCUUGUUGGUGUUAUUUCAAAUGGUGAGUUAUAUGUUGCAAACCUCGGUGACUCAAGAGUGGUUCUUGGCAAGAAAGUUUCAGAUAAAGGAAAAACAAGAGUCGUUGCAGAGCGAUUAUCGAGUGAUCAUAAUGUUUCUCUAGUAGAAGUGAGGAAGGAGGUUGAAGCACAACAUCCUGGUGAUUCACAUAUUGUCGUUUAUUGUCAUGGAGGUUGGAGAAUCAAGGGUAUAAUUCAGGUUUCAAGAUCUAUAGGUGACUUCUUUCUGAAGAAACCAGAAUUCAACAGGGAUCAAUUCCUUAUGCAAUAUGGAAAUCAAGUUCCUCUAAAAAGACCUGCUUUGACCGCGGAACCUUCCAUCAUUUCCAGAAAGCUUAGACCUCAAGAUUUGUUUCUGAUAUUUGCUUCAGAUGGGCUUUGGGAUCACCUAACUGAUGAAGAAGCAGUAGAUAUCGUGCGCAUUCAUCCAAGACGGGGAAUAGCUAAAAGAUUAGUGGGAACUGCCCUUGACAAGGCUACAAAGAAGAGGGAACUGAGAUACAAUGACAUCAAGAAAAUCGAGAAGGGCGUUAGACGUCGCAUCCACGAUGAUAUCACGGUCAUAGUAAUCUAUCUUGAUCAACAAAAAAAGUUGGCCAAUGGUACUAAGUUGGGCUGCACAAGUCCCCCUGUUGAUAUUUUCUCAUGUAAGGAUGAUAAAAAGACCCAUUUGGUUCAACACACAUGAUAAAAACCUGAACCUAUUUUGACCUGUUAAAAAUAUGCAAGAUUGUUUGGUUCUUUUAACUUGUAACAUCAUAGUGAUUGGUUGGUUCAUUGCUAAUCCAAUGGUGUAAGAUUUGAAAAGUGGUGAACAUCUCUUGUGUUUGUAUAUACUAUCAUCUCAUGCUGUAUUUGUAUCA